AUGACCGUAGCUUCAUUGGUGUACCUGUUGGAGCCAUUGUAUGAGGGGAUUCGUCAGAACUCCAUUUGGGCGGUCCUCACUGUCACACUUAUCGUCGAAUUCAGAGCAGGUUCAUUUGCAACGUAUGCGAGGUUCAUCCCUUCAAUCAAAAGGCAUUAUGACCAUGGGAUAAUUUUGUUUCUCAUGGUGGGAUCUUAUCAUGAUCACAAUCAAUUCCAUAUGGUAACAGAGCGAAUCUAUGCUAUUGCCAUUGGAUGUGGCAUAGGUCUCGUCAUAAGCCUCUUUAUUCUUCCCAACUGGUUGGGUGAAGACCUCCAGAAUACUAUCAUUUCAAAAUUUGAAGAGUUGGCUAAAUUGGUACAAGCAUGUGUAGAUGAGUAUUUUCAAGAACUAGAUGCAACAGAUACAAGCAAAUCUUCCACAGGUUCUUCCUCGCACAACAGAUAUGAGGAAGUUUUGCAGAGCAAUUCUGCGGAGGAAGCCUUGGCUACAUAUUCGUGCUGGGAGCUUCGGCAUUCAAGAUAUUGUUAUCCAUGGAAACAAUAUGAGCAUCUAGGAGUUGGUCUUCGACAUCUGGGAUACACUGCCGAUGCUCUCCAUGGUUGUCUGGAACCUCAUAUUCAGGUUCCUUCAUCUGUCCGAGCUUUAUUCAGAGAACCAUGUGAACAUGUUGCAGAAGAAGUGGUAAAAGUUCUUACAGAGCUUGCAGAAGCCAUAAAAAACCAUCACCAUUGUUCACCUCACAUAUCGGAUCACCUUCAUGAAGCUUUGGAAGAACUUGAUACUUUAAUUAAGACCCAACCACAGAUGUUCCUUGCCUCCAAUCCAGUCCAAAAAACUGAAGCUGGCAAGCCUCUGGAGUUACUUGGAUGGCAGAGCUUGAGUCCAGAACAGGUUAUGAAUGUAGAUGGGAUGGUCACUAAUACAACACCGAAUAAGAUCAUGAACACUUGUCUUGAUUUUUCAGAGACACUUGCAAUUGCUGCUUUUGUUUCAGUGCUACUGGAGACAGUGGCACGACUUGACCUUGUGAUAGAAGAGGUGGAAGAAUUGGGAAAAGUUGCACAUUUCAAGGAGUUCCAUGAAGAACACAUGGAAAUAGUGAUCACGAGGGAGGACGCAAAUGCUCUCAAAACUGUCAAUAAGCAUGGAAAUACAGGCCAAUAA